CACUUUUGAAUUCGCCACCAUGUCCACGCUCAGGAGUAGUGCCAGCGGGACGACCGAUGCCAGUGGCGCGUCGCGCAAGCACCAGUCGCACAUGCCGGCGGCGCCCGUCUUUACGUGCGGCUGGCUACGACUCAAGGGCGGCUUCUUUCGGAGCUGGAAGGCCUACUACUUUGUCUUGACAAAAGGCGAGCUCUUGGCGUUUGCGACGGCGCGCUUCGAAGGACAACCGCACAAACACCGGAUCCAGGUCGCUGUCGUCGAGAAGAGCGCCAAGCACGAGAUGGGCUUCGUCGUGGCCUCGCCCACGGGGACGCAGCUCACGGUGGCCGCCACAUGCGAGCGCGACUUUGACAAGUGGACGAUGGCCUUUACGGGCGUGGCUGGGCCCAAGACCCCGAAAGUCGUACCACAGCGCGUCUUCGAGUCACCACCACCGACGCCGUCGAUGGAACCCGAGGUCUACCUCUACGUGCCCACCAACGUCAUUCCGCUUACAACAUCGGCGACGGCGCUGGACGCCGCCCGUGCCGAGAUCACCAAGCUUCAAGCGACGCUGGGCGACCAUGUCCCGAUGCGCAGCACGCUCGACGACCCGAGCGUCGAGUGGCGCGUGGGCAAGCCGGACUACACGCUCGUGAACCUUCUCUUCCUGCAAGGCAAAACGUACAACCACAAGCCGGGCUCGCUUGAGUGGAUGGUGCAGAACCUCAUCAAGACGUGGGAGAUGGAGGUGUGCCACAAGACGAACGCCCAACAAAUGACGACAAUGCACCCCAAGCUCUUCCAGUGCACCGUGAACGGCGCGAGCCCCGUCGCUGCCGACGACCUGGUCCGCAACGGCAAGUACGAUACGUUCCUUGCAGCCGCGCCGACGGCCAAGGCGCUGUACGACGCCAAGCGCAGCACGCGGGACCGAGCGUCCAUGACUUUUGGAUCGGCCUUUCCAGACGGGUUUGCCUGGGAGGUGCUCGAAGUCUUCUCCAAACUGCCGCGCGUCUCGUUCUCGUGGCGCCAUUGGGGGUACCCAAAGCAGUCAUCGACCAAAUCGCCGAUGGUCGAGCUCUUUGGGUUCACAAUCCUCGACCUCGACGCGUCGAACCGCAUCUGCGGUAUGGAGACCUUCUACAAAGCCGACGCUUUUCUGGAUGCGCUGCACCGCCAGAAGCUUCUCAAGCGACCCGAAGAAACCUCCGCGCGCCAGCGGCUCUCGUCGUCGAUGACAGGGCGCAGCACGAUGCUGGACGGGCGCCAGUCGCUCUCGAGCCACUCGAAGGCCAGCGCAGCGAGUCACGAAGACCUUUUUUCGUGCCCGUUUGAUAUGACGAGCCCCGCCUUCUCGGAGCGCCAAUCCACACUCAGUGCACCGUCCCCAGUGUCGAGCAGCAGCAGCAAGUGCCCGUUUGCUGGCAAGUUUUUGUGAGCGUUCUUAUAUGCUUAGUUGAUGUCGACACGUGAGUUUUGCAGACAUAAUUGAAAAGAUAGUUUAUAACAUGUUCCUCCUCUUCUGUUGCCAUA